CUCCUACACAAUGUUCAAUCAAUAGCAUUUUCAGUCCACUAAUGUGGCUAUCAUAUGUGAAUAAUUUGAUCGAUGAUGCCGGUAGGUGUGUCAACAACAUCUUGUCUGAUCAUUCAUUCCUAAUGUAUGCAAGGAGCAUAUAUCGCAUGCCCAAAGCCCAUAUAUCAGACGCCGGAUCAGACCACCCUAGCACCAUUGAACCUAGUCGCGUGUGGAUACUCCUCCCGCAUUGGAGUUAAAGUCAUAUGACCCCCAUUAAUCCUGCGAAUCAAUCAGCCGUGUGCGUAAAGACGCCCAGGAUCUGUGUAGAAUGCGAGAGGAAGGCUUCAGAAUAUUAUGCGGCAAAGUUGGCCUAAACAUGACAACCUCACGUCAUCGCAACGGCCCC